AUGGUGUCUGAAUCAUGUUCAAGAAACUAUAACCAUCCAUAUACUCCAUAUGAUAUUCAAAUCCAGUUGAUGGAUGCCAUAUAUGAUACUAUUGAGAAUGGCUAUAAAAUAGGAUUAUUUGAGAGUCCCACUGGAACAGGUAAAACCUUGUCUAUAAUAUGUUCAUCAAUGACGUGGUUACGAAAUUUUAAACGAAAUAACACAUUUCUAGAGACAGGCCCUAAAGUUGAAAAUGGAAAUGAGGGUGAUAGUGAGAGUGAUAGCGAAGAUGAUGAACCUGAAUGGGUCAAACAAGCCUAUCGAAGCUCAAUUGUGAACCGAUCGAAAAACAAAUUAAUUGAAUAUGAACAUUAUUUGGACAAAAUGGAAAAGGAACAUACCCAGAAUAAACGAAAGGAAGAAGAACUAAAAGAAGCAGUACAUAAAAGACGCAAAGCAGCAGCAUUGGAUCUGGCAGAAGAAUCUUUUUUGCCAAUGGAUUAUUAUAGUGAUUCAGAAAUUGGUAAAACUGAAGAUCAAAAUCUAGCUAUCACCAAAGAGAUAAAUCGACUUUUGAAAAAAGUUGAAAAUAAAGAAGAAGUAUCUUAUAUUAAUGAAUGCCCAAUAAAGAUAUUUUUCUCUUCACGUACCCAUUCACAAUUGAAUCAGUUCUCGAGUCAAUUGAGAUUAACAAAUUUCCAAGCAUCAUUUGAAGAUCUAGAAGAACGUACGAAAUAUAUCCCAUUAGGAUCGAGAAAACAGCUUUGUAUCAAUGAUAAAGUUAGAGCAAAGGGCAACGAUCAGAGUGUUAAUGAUGCAUGUAUUGAUUUACAACGUGAAACUAAUGGAUGUCAAUACUUACCAAAGAAUUAUAUGAUGUCUAAUGCUACCAAAGAAUUUGCUGAUUUAAGUUUGGCUAAAAUUAGAGAUAUAGAGGAUUUGAACCAACUAGGUACUGAACUAAAUAUUUGUCCUUAUUAUUCAGUACGGAAAGGGAUAGAUAUGACAGAAAUUAUAUCAUUGCCAUACCAAAUGAUAUUUCAAGAUACAACGAGAAAGAUAUUGAAUUUGGAUAUAAAGGAUUCAAUAAUUAUAAUCGAUGAGGCCCAUAAUAUUAUUGAUGUAAUAACUUCAAUGUAUUCUAUAAAAGUUACCCUGGACCAAUUGAAUAAAGUAAUAAAAUCAUUAAAAGUAUAUUUAAACAAAUUUCUUAAAAGAUUAAAUAGUGGGAAUAGAAUCAAUUUAAUGAAAUUGAUCAAAAUUUGUCAAAUUCUACUCAAAUUUUUAAAUAAUAAUCAAGGGUCAGUUAAAUCUGGUGAUGAAAUACAAAUACAAGAUAUAUUCAAAGAUUCUACUGGUGAUUUAGUUAAUAUUCAUAAAUUAGAUGAAUUUUUAACCAAAUCUAAAAUUGCUUAUAAAAUCGAAUCUUAUAUUGAAAAAAUUGAAUUAGAAACUGGGAUGAAAAAAAGUAGUUCUAAUCCACUUUUAUUUACCAUUAUAAAGUUUUUAAAAACUUUAACAAAUUUAUCUAAAGAAGGGAAAUUUUUCUGGGAUAAUGAAAAUGGAUCAAUUUCAUUAAAUUAUAUGUUAUUAGAUCCUAGUGCUAUAUUCAAAGAAAUUGUUGAUCAAGCAAAAUGUGUUUUAUUAUGUGGUGGGACAAUGGAGCCAAUGGCAGAUUAUAUGGACUAUUUAUUCCCCACUGUACCUACAAAUAAAAUCAACACUUUUGCUUGUGGACAUGUAAUCCCCAAGGAAAACCUUGAAGUGUUCCCAGUUAGUCAAUGGAAUGAUACAAAUUUUGAAUUUCUGUUUCAAAAAAGAAAUGAUCCAAAGCAAUUGACUUCAUUGGGUGAAUUUCUCAUUGAAAUUACUAAACGAGUUCCCUAUGGAGUUGUUAUAUUUUUCCCUAGUUAUAAAUAUUUGGAUCAAGUUUUACAAUUUUGGAAAAAUACUGGGAUUUUAUCAUCUAUUGAAUCAAAUAAAACGAUAUUUAGAGAACCUACAGAUCCAUCAAAUGUAGAAAAAGUAUUAAGUCAGUAUGGUUACAUAAUUCAAACUGAACGUAAGGGAGCAAUGUUGUUUUCUGUAGUUGGUGGUAAGAUGUCUGAAGGGAUAAAUUUUUCAGACGAUUUAGCAAGAGCAGUGAUCAUGGUGGGGUUACCAUAUCCCAAUGCAUAUUCUGGAGAAAUGGUAACUAAAAGAAAGUUUAUUGAAACUUCCGUGUUGAAAAAUGGUGGCACGGCUAACGAUGCUAGAGAAAAAUCAAAGAAUUAUUAUGAAAAUCUUUGUAUGAGAGCAGUUAAUCAAAGUAUUGGUCGAAGUAUAAGACAUGUUAAUGAUUAUUCUAUUAUUUAUUUAGUAGACAGACGAUUUUCAUUCCCCAGAAUACAAAAUAAACUAAGUCAAUGGGUGAAAGAAAGAAUAUCCACCACCACCAACAACAACGCAUACAUUAUGGAGUCAACCACUGAUUUUUUCAAUAUAAUUAGAUAG